AUGGACGAGACCAGCCCGCUCGUGUCCCCGGAGCGGGCGCAGGGCCCCGACUACGGCCUGCCGGGCGGAGCCGUGCGCGCCCCACCGGCCGCCGCCGUCCCCGUCCCCGUCCCCCCGCCGCCGCCGCCCUCCCCGCCCGCUUCCCCCGGCGGCCGCGACCGCGAGCGGCAGCCGCUGCUGGAGCGCGGCGCUCGGGGCCCGGCGGCGGCGCAGGCCCAGGCCCAGGCCCAGGCGGCGGCGGCGGCUCAGGCCCAGGCGGCGGCGGCGGCGCUGGCGGCGCAGCGGGAGCGGAACGAGUUCCCCGAGGACCCCGAGUUCGCCGAGGUGGUGCGGCGGGCGGAGCUGGCCAGCGAGCGCGGCAUCUACCCCGAGCGCAUCUCGCAGGGCUCCAGCGGCAGCUACUUCGUCAAGGACCCGCAGGGGAAAAUCAUCGGCGUCUUCAAGCCCAAGAACGAGGAGCCGUAUGGGCAGCUGAACCCCAAGUGGACCAAGUGGCUGCAGAAGCUGUGCUGCCCGUGCUGCUUCGGGAGAGACUGCCUCGUCCUGAACCAGGGCUACCUGUCGGAGGCGGGCGCCAGCCUGGUGGACCAGAAACUGGAACUCAACAUUGUCCCUCGCACAAAGGUGGUGUAUCUGGCCAGCGAGACCUUCAACUACAGUGCCAUCGACAGGGUGAAGUCCCGAGGGAAGAGGCUGGCCCUGGAGAAGGUGCCCAAAGUGGGCCAGCGCUUCAACCGCAUCGGCCUGCCGCCCAAGGUGGGCUCCUUCCAGCUCUUUGUGGAGGGCUACAAGGAUGCUGACUACUGGCUGCGACGGUUUGAGGCUGAGCCGCUCCCCGAGAACACCAACCGGCAGCUGCUGCUGCAGUUCGAGCGGCUGGUGGUGCUGGACUACAUCAUCAGGAACACAGACCGGGGCAACGACAACUGGCUCAUCAAGUACGACUGUCCCCUGGACAGCGCGGGCGUGCGGGACAGCGACUGGGUGGUGGUGAAGGAGCCCAUCAUCAAGCUGGCUGCUAUAGACAAUGGCUUGGCCUUUCCUCUGAAGCACCCGGACUCCUGGAGAGCAUAUCCCUUCUACUGGGCAUGGUUGCCGCAGGCCAAAAUCCCUUUUUCACAGGAGAUCAAGGACCUGAUUCUCCCCAAGAUCUCAGAUCCCAACUUUGUCAAAGACCUGGAGGAAGAUCUGUAUGAGCUCUUCAAGAAGGACCCUGGCUUUGACAGGGGGCAGUUUCACAAGCAGAUUGCUGUCAUGAGAGGCCAGAUCCUGAACCUGACUCAGGCGCUGAAGGACGGGAAGAGUCCCCUGCACCUGGUUCAGAUGCCACCCGUGAUCGUGGAAACGGCGCGUUCCCACCAGCGCGCCGCCAGCGAGUCCUACACGCAGAGCUUCCAGAGCCGGAAGCCUUUCUUCUCCUGGUGGUAGCUGUGGGAGCCGCGGGCAGGGCUCAGCUGCCUCGGACUGGCACUGCGAGAGGAGCUGGGCCGCUCCUGUGGCUGGGAUUUGACGUUCCGGGUAGAGCAGCGAGCAGGCGUGGCUGGAGGAACCUGCAGCUGGAGCAGAGGAGCCAGGCAGGUUGGGCACGGUCCCCCUCCGGCUCCCCUGGGGCUGCGUGGUGCGCGUACAGCCCUGCCUGGGGAGGAGCUCAGGGGGAGGCGCGGGAAGCGGCUGCGAGCUGCAGCGUGGCUGGGACCCUGCCCGCGCCUCCUCUCCCUGGCCUGCAUGCGGUUCUGAGCGCGCCUCCUCGGGCUGGGACGAGCUGGCUCCCCGGGCCAGGAUCCGUCCAGCCCUUUACACCGGCUGCCGGCCUUCCUCUUCCCUGCCGUGCCUGCCGCUGGCUCCGGGGCUGGGAAGGCCUGGAGCGGGUUGUGCUGCCCUCCCCUUCCUCCAAGGCGUGCUCUUCUCCUCCUCACUUUCUCUCUUCUGCCCCAACCCCGUGCAAGCUGCUUUCCUCAGGGGGAGUUCCCGCUGCCUGUCGGUGCAGUGGGGACCGCAAUGAACGGCUCUUCUCUG